AUAAAGACUCGUGUAACCGCUAAAAGUAGACGCAUUUUAUUCCCAUCGUCGUACACCAGGCAUUUUAUACGAUUUUUCCACUCAUUAUUCUGGAGAGAAGACUUGAAAAAUGGCUGAUCGCCUUCCAUUUCUCGUGGAAUAUGCGAAAUCUGGAAGGGCCGCAUGCAAGGCUUGCAAAGCACCAAUUAUCAAAGAGUCAUUGAGAAUCGCUAAAAUUGUCCAGAGUCCCUUCCACGAUGGCACUCUGCCCCACUGGUACCACGAGCAGUGUUUCUGGUCAAAAGCAAAAGUGAAGACAGUCGGAGACAUCGGAAAUCUAGAAAACCUCCUUUGGGAGGAUCAGGAGAAAAUUCGCUCGAAGAUCGACUCAACAGAUGCAACGGAUACAGUAGACCCAACAGAUUCCUCAGGUGGUAAGCAAUCGCGUAAACGUCCUAGCGCAAAACUCCACACAGACUUUUCAGUUGAGUAUGCAAAAUCAAAUCGGUCCACGUGCGUGGGAUGCGAGGCACCAAUUCUCAAGGGCUCAAUUCGCAUCUCGAAGAAGGAUUUCGAGAGUGAGAAGGGACAGCUGCUGGGUGGAGUGCCCCGAUGGCACCACCUGGACUGUUUCUUAAAUUUGCGUUCUUCCCUUGAGUUCUACGACUCUGGAGACGCUAUUCCAGGCUUCGAAUCCCUCUCGAAGGAGGACAAGAAGACCCUGAAAUCAAAAAUUCCAAAGAUGAAGGCUGCAGACAUUCCACCACCCCCGAAAAAAAUCAAGGGCGAGCCAAUAGACGUCGAGGAGAACGAGCAGAUGAAAAAACAAAACGAAGAGAUCUUCCAACUUCGUCAGAAACUCCAGACUCUUAAGAGGAAUGAACAGAUCAAGCUGUUGGAGCACAAUUCGCAGUACGUCUCCAGCGACAAGGGUCAACUGCUAAACAAUUUAGCAGACAGAAUGAUCUUUGGGGCUGUGAAGCCCUGCAAAAAAUGCUCAGGUGCUUGUAACUUCGUCUCAGGCGUUGGCUACAAGUGCAAGGGUGACCUGACAGAGUGGACAAAGUGCGAGGAAGUCACACAGGAUCCCGAGAGGGUAAAAUUCAAAAUUCCAGACGAUAUAAGAGAGUCAAUACCAUUUUUAUUGGAGUUCAAACCGAAAGUGGAACGUCGUAUUCUCAGAAUAACAGGCCCAUCGACAUCGAGUGAAGUUAAAAAAGAGGAGACAUCAGGCCCACUGGUGAAUCGUGGUCCAUUGCCCCUGAAGGGAAUGGAAUUUUUUAUCGCUGGUAAAGGUACAAAGACUAAAGAGGAUCUCAGAAAAGAAAUUAUGGUACUCGGGGGUCAAGUUGUAUCCAGAGUACAUGAGAAUUUGGCAGCCGUCAUUGCUGAUAAGAAGGCAUUUACAAAAGGUGGUAAAGCAUUUGAUAAUGCUGAAUCCUUUCGUAUACAAGUUGUAACAGAGGAUUUUGUUGAUGAAGCGAAGGAUUAUACGACAGCACCAAUUUCACUCAUUACUCAGAAGAAUAUUGCCUCCUGGGGGGACGAUCCUAGAACUAGAAUUGCUGUUACCAUGGAAAAGUCCUCGUCAAAGGGAAAGAGUGUCUACGAAAAAAAAUCAUCGGGUAAAGUUAAACUCACAAUGAAAGGGGCUGGAGUCGUUGAUCCGGCCAGUGGACUCCAGGAUGUGGCUGGGAUUUAUCAAUCUGGCAAGGAUAAAUACAGUGUUACACUUGGUUUAACUGACAUUCAAUCAAUGAAAAACAGUUAUUACAAACUCCAGUUACUCAAGCAUGAUAAAAAAAAAAAGUACUGGCUCUUCAGAAGCUGGGGGAGAAUUGGAACGACUAUCGGUGGAGAGAAGUGCGAAUCUAUGGCACUGGAGGAUGCCCUGGACAUGUUCAACCAGCUGUACCUCGAUAAAUCUGGAAAUGAAUGGACAGCACGUGAUUAUUUUGUUAAAGUUCCUGGCAAGAUGUAUCCCAUUGAUGUAGAUGAGGGUGAUGACUCGUCAACCACGGAGAGCCUCGAGUCAGAUAUCAAAAGUAAACUGAAAAAACCUGUUCAAGAUCUCAUUAAGCUUAUCUUCGAUGUUAAUCUCAUGAAGGAGGUGAUGAAGGAGUACGAGCUGGACACUGAGAAGAUGCCACUUGGAAAAUUAUCCAAGAAACAACUCCAGAUGGCUUAUGGAGUUCUCAAAGAGGUUCAGGUGCUUCUGGCAAGUGGUGAUCCUAACAGGCUCAAGCUCAUUGACGCCUCCAACAGAUUUUAUACACUCGUUCCACACUCGUUCGGUAUCAAGCAGCCGACGAUUCUCGAUAAUGAGGCGUUGAUUAAAGCUAAAUGCGAAAUGCUGGAUUCACUCAUGGAGAUGGAGAUUGCUUAUAAUCUUUUGAAUAUCAAAUCCGAAACUGGGCAGAGCCCAUUAGAUGCUCAUUACGAGCAAUUGAAUACUGAUAUUGAUGUCCUGGACAGGGAGAGCAAGGAGUUCAAGAUUAUCCAGGAGUACACGAAGAAUACACACGCUGAUACUCAUUCUCACUACCAAUUGGAGAUUGAGGAUGUGUUUGUGAUUAAGAGGCAGGGAGAGGAGAAGAGAUUCAAGCCAUUCAAAAAAUUACCCAAUAGAAAAUUACUGUGGCACGGAUCGAGAACAACAAAUUUCGCUGGAAUUUUAUGCCAGGGAUUGAGAAUUGCACCUCCAGAGGCACCUGUUACUGGGUAUAUGUUUGGCAAAGGUAUUUAUUUUGCUGAUAUGGUUUCAAAGUCAGCGAAUUACUGCUGCACCAGCAGCAAGAGUCCAACUGGUCUUUUGAUGCUGUGUGAAGUGGCACUUGGAAAUAUGGAUGAGAGGUAUGCCGCUUAUUAUGUGGAGAGAUUACCAAAGGGCAAGCACUCGACAUUUGGAAGAGGACAGACUACACCUGAUCCAUCCAAAAGUGGUGUCAUUGAUGAUGGAAUUGAGGUGCCCUAUGGUCGUGGAAUUCGUGCGAAUCUUCCUACAAAUAGCUCUCUACUUUAUAAUGAAUACAUUGUUUAUGAUGUGGCACAGGUCAAGGCUAAGUACCUCGUUCGUAUGAAAUUCAAGUACUCUACGUAAUUCCGAGUGGGAUCGACUCCCAAACGACGUGCCAAAAUUCAAAAUUAUUUUUACUAUUUUCGGCUUUCUCUUACUUAUUCUCGCAUUCCAGUGCGUUUUUUUCGGUUUGGUUUUGCUCAUAAAUUAUUUUUAAUUGUGAAGUUAUUGAUAAUUAUUUCUGUACCGAUUAAUUGUAUUUAAUUACAUGUAUUUGUGGUGAUGAAAGAAAUAUUGAGGUGCCAUUUGUAGCAGGUGGAAAUGAAUAAACAGAGUUUUUUUUUUGUAUAUGAAAAUUCCAUAAUUUUAUUUCGUUUCGACUGAUUGCGUUUCUAAUUAUAAACAUGACUUCAGAGAUGGGAGUAAUGGGGUUUUAUUACAGUAGUGAUAAUUAUCUCUAGAACUUCCUUCCCUUU